GCAGGGUGAAAGCAGCACAGCAGUGUCCGGUGGUUCGAGUCCCUCCGGUGCUCGGUGUCCCGGGGCGAGAUGAACAGCGUGGGCGAGGCGUGCACGGAGCUGAAGCGCCAGUACGACACGUGCUUCAACCGCUGGUUCGCGGAGCAGUUCCUGAAGGGCGAGCGGGGGGGGGACCCGUGCAGCGACAGCUUCCGGAAGUACCAGCGCUGCGUGCAGGCGGCCAUCAAGGACAAGGACAUCCCGGUGGAGGGGCUGGACUUCAUGGGCCCCGGCCGGGACAAGCCGGAGGGCUGAGGACCGGGAUCUGCACCGGGACCUGCACCGGGACCGGCACCGGGACCGGGAUCUGCACCGGGACCAGGACCGGGACCGGCACCGGGACCGGGCAGGGUCCACGAGGCCCACUGAGCAUGCGCGAAGCCGCUGCGUGUGGCUGCAUUGACCCUCACAGGCCGCUGUAGCCCAGACCUCUGCGCUUUUAAUCGAUUAGUCGAUCGCUUGGAAACGAACCAGCAGCUGUGACGCUCCACCCACAGUUGUGUGUCGCCACGUGUCUGCGUGUGUGUUUAUCUCUGGGUUUCAGACAUCACCAAUCGAUAAGGAUCACCCACCUGCUGGUUUCACUUCCGUCCCGGGAGACGUCUCCUGGGACACUCAACUACUGGGACAUCUGUCGUUUUAUUUAACACGUUUUUUUAAAUGUCACAUUUUCAUUGUUAGAUUUUCUGUUGACAUUAAUCCGUCGCUGUUGUGAAUAAAUAUUUUCCACUGUUUUAUUUGAACCAGGUCAAAGGUCAAUGAACGCCUGUCAUUGCUUUGUCUUUACUGAAGUUUUCCUGUAAUGACUGUUUCUUGAGUUCAUGUCUUCAGUGUGUGAGUUGAGGUCUGUGGCGUGCGGAUGUCAUGUGAUCACCUGGUGGCUCUGACACAAGUCCACAUGUCACAUGACGCUUUGAACGUGAUGGAACCCGGGGUCAUGACCUGAAUAAACCUGCUCUAAGAAACAA